AUGGCAGAUCGUCUGCCCCAGUAUCCCAUGUUUAACGGCAACCUCCUCCAGCAGCAGCAGCAGCAGCAACAGGCCCAACAACAGCAGCAACAGGCCCAACAGCAGCAGCAACAGCAGCAACAGCAGAUCCAACACCAGGCCCAACAGCAAAUGCAGGACAACUCUCAAGGUGGCCCCCAGUCUAUCAUGGACCAGACCCGUGUCUGGCAGCAGAUCCAGCAGAUGAACCAGCAAUUCAACAACAGGACCUCAGGUGCGCCCCCCGACAUCAACUCUCCCCAGUUCGCCGAGAUUAUGAAACGCUCCCAGUCCAUCUCUCAGCAGAAUCAUGCUGCCCGAGCACAACAGCAACAGCAAUACCAGCAGCAGCAGCAACAGCAAUUCGGGAUGCCACAGAUGAAUCCAGCAGGCGCUGUUCUCGGUGGAUCCGCCGCCAACCAACCUUCCUUCCACGAUGCCUCCUCCGUCCACCCUCAACCCAAUCAUGUCCAGGCUGGCUUUCCGAAUAUGGGCGCAAUGUCUUCGGGAAACGCCAAUCAACCUCGCAUGCCUUUUCAAAAUCCCAGCGUCAGCCGCCAGCUUGAGCUGAUCAACAUGGCACAGAACCAGCAGCCUCAGAACGGUCCGGUCAAGAUUACCCAGCAACAGCUGCAGCAACAACAGCACCUCAACCAGCUGCGUGAGCAGCAGCAAGCAGUGCAGCAACAGGCUCAACAACAGGCUCAACAACAGGCUCAGCAUGCCCAGCAACAACAGCAACAGCAACAACAGCAACAACAAGCGCAACAAGCGCAACAUCAACAACAACAACAGUUUGCUAAUGGGAUGAACCAUUCAUCUUCAGGUGAUAUAUUUUCGUCGCCUGGGAUGAGCAACGAGGCGCUCCGCCGUCCAUCGCCUCAUCCCGCUAACAUGCCCCAGCCCCCUACCGGCGUGCAACCGCAGCCGGGGCCGAUGAUGAACCCCGCUAAUAUGCCUAAUCGGAUUGGUCUCGCUGAAGCUGGUAAUCGCAUCACUCAAGCCCGCAACGCGAUCGCACAAAUGGAACUUGUGCUUCAAAAUGCCACUCAGCAGCUGAACGCUGUCCGGGGCACCCCUCAAGAGUUGGCAAUCGCAACAAAACAUAGGGAGUUUACAAACGACCUGGUAAAGAGGAAAGAAAUCCUUGCGCGAAUGAUCAAUGGAUACACGCAGAUGCAACUGCAGAACAAACAAGCUCAGAUGUCGCAGGUGAACGCCAAUGCGAACCCCAGCGCUGGUGGUCCUGCCCCAGGCCAGCAGUCUUGGAUGGGCCCGCAUCACAACCCGACGCCAUCAUUUGAUGGCCCUCCGAUGGUCCGCAACCCGUUGAACCAGCAACAACUUCAGGCGGGAGCGAUGCAGCCAACGCCAUCUCUUCCGCAACAGCAACCACAGGGGGGCAACCCGGGUUUUGUGCCGCCUCGGUCUGGUCCGACCCCACAGCAUCCUGGACAGCCGGGGCCACAACAGGCCGGAAGCCCUUUCAAUCCGCUGCAGCCGGCGAUAAGCGUCGGUGGUGUUGGCCAGUUUGCCAUGCCGUCAAGUGCCCAACCGCCCGUAGCGGGACCGUCUCAGCCAAAUGUUAUGGGUGUGGUUCCUUCCAAUAUGGGAACUCUCAUGCCGUUCGACAAGCCUCGGUUUGACGCGGCGUACAAGGCGUUUUGUGCAAAGCGCAAUAUCAAGAUUGAGCCGAGGUUACUUGUAGUUGACAAUCGCCCACUCGAUUUAUAUCGCCUGCAUGUAGAGGUGAUUAAAGAGGGCGGAGUUAAUAAGGUUGACCAGAAGGACAACUGGUGGAGCGUUAUUGGUGCUCGGCUUGGGUUUGUGCAAUUCCCUGGCACUGAAGCAGAACCGGCCAAAUCAGGCCCGGCCAUCGCGCAACAGCUAGCUCAUGUCUACAAAGAAUAUCUGACCGCGUUCGAGCAAUGGUACACUACACAGGCGUUUGAAACCUCCAAAAAGAUACAGAUGAUGUCCUCGAACAACUUCCAGAGUCAGAUGUUGGCGCGCCUGGGCCCGCAGCAGAUGCAAAACAUGAUCCAGAUGGCACACGUAUCCGUUGCAGACCUGCACGCGCAAGGCAUCGAUGAGAAGACGAUCCAGUUUGUGGAAACUAACCGUGCGCAUCUGCAACGCGCGGCCCAGGAGCAAAAGUCGUUCCAAGCGCGGCUACGCAAUGUCAACCAGGCUCUCCAUGCGCCCGGGGGUAUGCCACCACAGGUGCCAGACCAGAACGGUGCGCAGCAGAUCCCACGCGCGCCGGGUAUUGGUCAGUCGCCGUCGUUUGGGCAGAACCCUGGAGCUCCUGGAGGACAGAUGCUCGGUGCUUCGCUUAAUCCGGCGAUGGCGGCUGCCGCCCGCCAACAGCAUUUCUUGCAGCAGCAGCAACUCGCGCAACAGCAACAGCAGCAACAACAUCAGCAACAACAGCAACAGCAGAUGCAACAGCAACAGAUGCAACAGCAGUUGUUGAAUGCCGGUGCGCAGGCUCAAGGGUUGAAUCAGUCGCGAGUGCCUGGUCCCAAUCGCAUUGGACCUGAUAAUAUUUACCAGAGGAUGAAGAAUGAUUAUCUUACAAUGCAUAUCCCUAAACUGCCCACUUUAGACAAUCCUGGGGAACAGCGUCACGAGUUUAAUGAACUUUUAGAGACCAUGUUCCGCCAGUGCCAGGAUGCAGAACAGAAAAUCCAAAUGAUUGUAACUUUGAUAAAGAACGAUGAACUUAUCAAGAAGUUGGUGUCCAUUGUCGCUAUUGUUCAACAACAACGGUCCAUGUUAUCGACUUCCAACCCUCGCUUUAUCGUCACUUUUGACACUCUGCGCAACAUGUCUCAAGAGUUGCAACGCAUUUGUGAUAUUAUUGCCAAUUGGUUCAACAACAUCCGGCAGCGUUUGCCAAACUCUAAUCCACAUAUGCAAAUGCACUUGCAACAAUUGCAACAACAACAACAACAGCAGCAGCAGGCUCAAGCUCAAGCUCAAGCACAACAGCAACAGCAACAGCAGCAGCAGCAAAUUUCUCAACAGCCUCCCAUGUUGAAUCCUGCCAUCCCCCAGCAGAACAUGAUGGGUACACCCGAGAUGCAGAACCGCAUGCCUAUACCUCAGCAACCUCCCAAUCUCGGCCCGUCACCACAGCAGAUGACCUCUGCCCUUCGCCCUCCCCCUAUCCUCCAACAACCCCCGGCCAAGAGGGUACCCAAACCACCACAAGCACCUGGUGUGGCUGCUGCUUCGACGCCUUCUCCCGCUCCCGUACCAACCGUCUCAACUCCGGUUUCGAGCGCGCAAACGCCGACUGCAGUCGCUUCGUCUCCCCCAGCUGGGAAAUCUCCUAAAACACGUGCGGCGCCUCAGAAAUCUAAAGCGCCACCUCAACCCAAGCGGAAAACAUCAAAGGCGCAGGGAGUGCCACCUGUUGUCCCUCUGUCAACGACUGAGUCGUCUCAACCUGUGGCAUCGACAAGCAGUGGCAAUGUCAAACGUGCUCGCGAAGAAGAUGAAUUUGCCACGGGGGAUAAUGGGCUACCUUCGUCUUCUUCUGUUGUUGUAGAUGAGCCUUCUCCACCAAAACGCGCCAAGACAGAGUGGGAGCAGCAGCCAAGUGAGGAGAUGUUGAAAGAGAAGGAGGCGGUCGAAAACAUCAAGACUGAAGAAGAAGCUACCGCGUUCUUUGAACAGAUGGCAGACUUUAUCAAGAGUCAAAGUCAGACCGAGUUGACGACGGAUAUUUCAGAUACCUUGGAUAUGAUUCUGAAAGGCUACGGGCAAGUCCCUUCGGAGGAACCUGUGCCAGCUGACUUUGAGGAAUUCUUUGAUUUCUCCUUUGGCGCGGAUGAUGAUGUGAAGGCGUUGACUCCCGACUUGGUAUCGUCGUCCUCGACAAACCCUAGCCCAGAGUCCAACCACGAGGCAGAUGUGAACCAUAUUUUCUCAUCAACCUCUAGCGAGGUCAAAAAGGAAGAGCCUCCCUCGGAUCCUACGCGAUUAGGUCUAUGGAAGGAUAUAGACGGAGGGGAGGGCGCGUAUUACCAGCCGAACGAAUGGAAAUGGGAAAGCCCGAUGCCUACCUCAGAACAACCCUGGGCGAUAUAUAAUCCAUCCGCCGUCCCUUCGACUACAUUUGCGCGUCCUGGAGACGCUGCAUUGCGAUAUACACCACAUCACUACGACCCCAAGUGCUUCAAAGUUAGAAUACUGACAUGGAAUAUGCAUGACUCUCUCCCAAAGGGAGAACUAGAAGAGUUGUUUGGCAAGGUGCCUCUGUACAACACUGCAGCUACGAAAUCUGGCACGUUUCCCCAACUCCCUAACGAUGCGAAUCAUCCAUACCAUCUGGUCGUUGUUGCUGGCCAAGAAUGUCCUACGCCAUCGGGCAUACCUAUGGGACUUGCUGCUAGUUUCAAGAUCUUGGACAAAGAUAGAGACAAAUCAAAAGAGUUCGACAGGGAGACUGAACGGCCAAGGGAAAAGGAACGGAAUGAUGAUCCUAAACUGGACGAAGACGCUGAAUACCCGCCUGUUGGAUGGACCUCGAUGGUUGAGGAUUACCUGUGUCACUGCGGUGGAGUGACGAGUCGCACCGGUUCUCCUUCAACUUCAGAUGUUGGAUUUCCCCGACCGCUCAUGAGACAAAAGUCGUCAAAGGAAACGCGGAAAGGACCGUACCAGCUGCUCAUCAAGGAACGUCUUAUGGGGAUCUAUAUGGCUGUAUACAUUUACCGUGAUCUCAAACCUUUCGUUCGAGGCAUGUCUAAAUCUGCCGUUACAGCUGGUCUGAUUGGCGGACGAGUGGGCAAUAAGGGAGGUGUUGGGAUCAGUCUCAAUAUUGACGGGACCACUUUUUUGUUUUUGAAUGCACAUCUAGCUGCACAUGAGGGAAGAAGUCAUCAUCGCCUAGCAAAUCUUUCCAAGAUCAAGGCCGAAUUGUCUGUGGAAGACUUUCUAUCUGCUGAUGAUCACCGCACCGUUGCUGAAGAUUUAACGGACCGCUUUGAUUUUACAUUCCUUUGUGGAGACCUCAACUUUAGACUGGAUAUUUCACGCCUUCAUGCUGACUGGCUUAUUUCUCGGCAAGAAUAUAAGCAAGCAUUCGAAUUCGAUCAGCUCCACGCUCUAAUGAAGAAAGGAGAUUAUUUCAAGGGGUUCUCUGAAGCUCCAAUCAACUUUCCUCCAACUUUCAAAUAUGACGUCUUGCGUACCCUCAAACGUUCAAAGACGAGCUCUCGUUCUAAACUCUCCCUCCUCGGAGAGCGGUCAGGGCAUGUUGCAGAGGUUGAUGAACGCGAAACGGAGGAAACAGAAGAUGAAGACGUAGAAGGCGCAUCUCUUGCAUCCUCUGCUGUAACUUCAACUGUCUCUCGACCGGCGACCGAAAACGGGCAAGAGGAUGAGGCUUAUUUCUACACCUCAGCAUCUUCCCCCACAUCUGUCCCGAGCGAGAAGGAAUCUGUCGCUUCUCCUAAACUAACUAAAGCAAAAGUUAAAUGGCUCUCUAUAUUAUCACCCUCUUUAACGGCCUUUCCUGGUAAAUUGUCGAAGUCCAGGAAUUCUGACCGGCAUGUUCUUCCUCCGACACCUACCACUGCCACUCGUUCGGUGCCACAGUCACCCUUACGAGUCACUACUCCGGAGGCCGGCAAACGUCGUUUCCUACGGCCGCCACCAAUGAUCCUCGUCAACUCCUCUGGGUCUCAGGUUACCCCCACCGACGAUGCGGGUGUGGAGGAAAAGGGUGUGUAUGACUCUUCCCACAAAAAACGUGUUCCAAGCUGGUGUGAUCGCAUUCUUUGGAAGACAACUGUUCAGCCCGAUCCUGUUUCGGAGGACAUUUAUUCCCCGGAAUCGGCUCAACGUUCUCGUAGUCGCGUCGGUCACUUUCUUGCUAAUGCUUUUCGGCCACCUUCUGCUCGUACAGCAUGGGACUCUAAUACACCGCAAGGCACUGGGCUCUUCUCUGGAGAUGCGGGAAAGACCCCUACUGAUGCAAUCAUCUCUCCAGCGAUAUCGCGUGUACGGUUUGGUUCUCCUAUACCACCGAUCGACUUGCGUUCGCCUACUGGCAUACAUGUCCAUGCCGAAUCAAAACCACGUCGAGCCAACACAGCGGCAUCCCCUCCUCCCACUGCGCCUGCUUAUGAACAUCCAUCGCGGCGAUUCAACACACUUGACGGACUAGAGAGUCCUUCAUCUGCUGACCGCCCGCACUCUGCCACUCCUUCAAUAUGGCGUUUCCUACCCUCUUUCUUAUCUCCUACUCAUGCCAAUCAAGGUGCUCAAGCGCCUGAGGCUUCCCCUAAUUUGCCACCUUCUGCUCCUCUGCCGCGCAAAGGUGACGUUGUGUGCUUGACAUAUGAUACCCUCGAUGAUCGGGGGAUGCGCCGUCUGGAAGGGCGAAGCGACCACAGACCGGUGAUUGGGAGCUACGCUCUCUAUGUCUAA